AUGUCUGUCGUCACAGUUAAUCGCGCCAUCGUACCUGCUGUAUGGCCCAACAACCUCGGAUGUGCUACAUCUGGCGGUUUUGAUCUGCAGGUUCGAGAGAGCUGGCAGUUCGUACCCGCCACGUUCGACGAGAUGUGCGACUGGGCCACGGUCGUCGACGACGACAACGACGACAAUGCAACGAUGUCCCGCGUAAAGCACCUUGUCUACACCGACGAGACGCUAGCGCCUGACGGCAAAGACCUAUGGACGGUCAACAUCAUUUUGCAAGGUUUCGUUGCCGCGUGCUCGCUGUCCAUGUUUGGCAACUGGAAAGGGAAACCAAAGGACGUGCAGGGCGCUGCGCAGUUCUUGACCUUGGAGUCUGGAGGAUUCAAGGAGCCGUUCAAGUCGCAGGUCGAAGCGCUUCGCAACAUUCGGGAACUAAUCGCGGUUCACGUCGGCGCAGAAGUCCACGCGGCGGGCGCAGAAGACGAUCGUAUUGCUCUUAGACAGCCUGUCUUUACGAAGGUCCGAGCAACGCAGAAGCGAUCGAGCGCAGUCACGCUCACCGAUGCCAAUGACCCCCGACGUGCAGCUCGCAAGAUAGCCGACCAAUGGUGCAUCGACCACAGGAUCAACACCUCCUUACGCAGGAAGAACGGCGUCAACAUGCCUGUCGUAUGCGAUGCCAUCGGCCGGGGGGACUUCGUGGAGGUCACCAUUUCUGCACGGAUUGAAACCGUACGCACCAGGAAGUCUCAGGGAUCCAGGGUGACGUUCGUUAUGCACGACGUCGUCAGGCUAUGGUCCGCUAUGGAAGCCCAGGCAGUUAUCGGUUUACGUGUCAACGAGUCCCGGCCUCCCCCUGCUGAGGAGCAACAGACCUCCGCACAGGCUCGCGUUGUACACACGGCGCCUGUCCUGUCCGCUACCAACGCUGUUGCGGGUGGCGGCGGGGAUGGGGAGGAGAUGGUCACAGACCGCGAGUAA